CUAGAAAUCUCGCUUUGCAGCAUACUAUCUGGAACCGCUGCCCAACAAGCCACGAUCGGCAAACCGACACUCUCGAUCAACAGCAUCCCCUUCAGCACACGGGCGUACUGGAUGCGACAAGCCAACGCGGCGUUGUCACAGUUAGUGUCGCCAUGUCCGUUUGGCGCUUUCGGGACAGUGAUCGUAAACCACACAGCACUCGGGGCGGAUGGCAUGGGUGAGUUGGUCUGCAUGGGAGCAAACAACAUCUCGAUGACGGGGAACCCAACCUUACAUGGCGAGAUAGCAGCCAUCAACAACUGCUCGGCGAUCCUCACGGACCCCACGGGGCCAUACAACUUGACCACCUCACAGGCACAAAGGGCAUUCUCAUCCCUCUCGCUCUACACAAAUGCAGAGAGUUGUCCAAUGUGCGCGUCGGCAAUCCGCUGGUCCGGGUUCAAAGAAUAUAUCUACGGGACGAGCAUCGACACGCUGAUCGCGCAUGGAUGGGGCCAGAUCCGGAUCCCCAGCAUUGAAGUAUUCGCGCAGAGCUUCGACCUUACUUACUCAUCGCGCCUGAUGGGCGAGGUGCUCACGAACGAGACGGACCCGUAUUUCCUCUGGCAGUACAACCCCGAUUAUCCGUGUCCCAGCGGCUGUGCCAGGAGUGGCGGGUCGGGCGUGUGUUUGCCUGAGUGA